AUGGCAUACCAGAUUUUCAUCUCACUGCUUGGAAGCUUAAUAAGAUGGGAAGACCAUCGUCCCCAUUCUGGUUUCUGGAAAGGAACUAAUGGUGGUGAAGAUUUCCCUUUUAGUGGUUGUGAUGAUGAUCAAACUUCCGUUGAUACAUCUGCUCUUUCAAAAAUAACUCGAACUGGCGCAAUGACAUUCUGUUUUAUUCAAGCUAUUGAGCAUGGUCAUGGAGCCACAUAUGGAAGUUUAUUGACUGCAAUGCGAAAUGUCAUUCGACAAGAUGGUGGAAGUUCAGGGGGUGACUUUGGUGGUGGUGUUGUCACAUCUCUCAUCUCCAUGCUUCUGAAAGGUGGUAGUGUCGGUAUGGGUGGAGGCUUUAGUCAGGAGCCCCAAUUAACAACUUGCCAGUCAUUCGAUGUGUAUGCGAAGCCAUUUUCAUUGUGA